GUCAAAUCUUUUCGCAUCGCGUUUCCAUUUUGAGCAUCAUCAGGUUCAGCCAAGCUGCGGUAGCGUUGAAAUUUUGCGAUUUUGUGUUGAAAAUUCGUGUUUUUAGAUUCCGUAAAAUUAUCGAUCGCAAAGCAGAAUGCCUCCGGAAACGGUUGCACAGGGUAUCGAGUUAACCGAUCAUACCUGCCGAUUGUGUUUGGCAAAUGAUCAGGAAAUUAGUUCCAUGGUGGACGCGCUCAGUCAGGAAGAGCUAAAGAAUGUCGUCGAAGGCUUGUUAAAGAUUGAGCUCAACAAUUGCGGUCCAUUCCAGAAUGCCUGUUCGAAUUGUGUGGUAAAAAUUCGCCUGAUUGAAAAUAUCAGAAGUGAAUUCGACGGUAGCAACAAGAUUUUUGAUGUUAUGUGGACGCAAUACAAGCGAAUCCACUACCCAGAGCCGAUUCCUCCACCCAAGAAAGGACGACCGAGACUGGAGAAGAACACUCCACAGGCACAGAAGAUAACGGCUGCUUACAUAAUCGAUGGCAUGGUAAUUGAAAAUACCGAAAUAGAGUAUGUCCAAGAUGAGGGGGCCGAUUUCUAUAUCAAGAGUGAAGGCCAUGAUGGCAUCAUAAAGCAGGAAGGAGAUGUCGAUUCCGUGAGCGAUGGUAUUCAAAAUGACGACGAUCAUCAAACCAUGGAUGAAACGGUCGAGGAAGAGUACGUCUACGAAGAUGUACCGAUGGUCGAUGAUAACCGAAUGCACGAGGAGUAUUUGACAGACGAACCAAAAGAAGACGCUAGGAAGGAUAGCAUCAUGGAAGAAAGGGAGGAAAUUUAUAAGGGAGGUUUCAUUCAAGAAGAUACCGGCUAUUAUGAUAAGACUAUUCCUUGUUGCUACAUAUGUUUGGAUCGCUUUGAUUGCCCUUCGGAAGUUUUGAUACAUCUAAAUGAAGUCCACGCGGACAUGCUCCCUUUUCACUGCGAUAAGUGUUUGGGUUACUUUGACACCUUGGAGGAUGUCAAUAAACAUUACAUUUCCCAUGUGUACGAGUUCGUUUGUUUGUACUGUCCGCGGCGUUAUUGCUCAGAACAGUACUUAGCUAAUCAUAAUCUGGUCUGUAAGGAUUUCAGAUGUAAUAUAUGCGACGAAACAUUUGAGUUGCAAAGUCACCUAAAAAUUCACCAACGGCAAGCUCAUUCUGCCGGACUAAGACUAUCCGGCAGGAAGAAAAAUGUUUGCGAUACAUGUGGCAAGGCGUUCAUGCAUGCUUGUAAUUUAUCGCGUCACUUGAAAAAUAAACGAUGCGGCAGAAACAAUAAACAGCAAGUACUGGUAAAGAAGAGAAAAUUCAAGCCAGAUCCAGAUGCACCGGUUGACGAGGAUGACGAUGAUGAUAGGGAGUUGAAAAUUCGUCCUCCGUUGACAUGUCAAGUGUGCAGCAAGAAACUCGACAGCAACAGUAGUCUGGCUCGGCACAUCGAAAAGGAACAUCAGGACUUCAACAUCCCGUUGUUUUCGUGUAACAUUUGUCCGAAGAAAUUUACUACUUUCGAAAAAUGCAUUCGUCAUCGCGCCUUCCACAAGAAAUCUAAGAGACCUCCGAUGCCGAUCAGCAAGAAGGAUCCAUUGGAAAACACAUGCAAGAUUUGUAACAAACAGUUCCGUCUGGAUCAUAUGCUGCUGAAGCAUCUAGCCGAAAUCCAUCAGCUCACACUGGAGUUGUUCCACUGCGAUCAGUGCGGUAAAAAGUUUUCUACCGAACCGAAACUGCGCAAGCAUCAAUACAACACUCAUCGGGAGAAUAAAAAUCUAUAUGUGUGCUCGCACUGUGGGCAGAAAUUUGAGAAAAAGCUUACACUCAAGGAUCACGAAACCAAACAUUUGAACGCACCAGCUUACCAGUGCGAUAUUUGUCUUAAAACGUUUAUCCACAAGCAUAGUCUGGAUCGCCACGCGUUGGUACAUUCGGACGAGAAGAACUUUGAGUGCGAAUUUUGUCAUAAAACAUUCAAGCGUAACACAACACUGGUUAUUCAUAGACGUAUCCAUACCGGAGAGAAACCAUACGAAUGUGUCCCGUGCGGUCAACGGUUCAUCGAUUCCAGCACGCUGAUUAAACACCGACAGCGAAUGCAUCCAAAAGCUGACUAGAAGAGCGUCUUGUAGUAGCAUUAAGGAACCAUUAUUAAACAACAUUGGUCUAUUUGGUAAUAUUUUAGUUUUUGAAAGUAGGCAUACAAUAAAAUCGUUUAACUUGAA